CUCACAGAGCGUUGUGUUGCUAUAGUUACGGCCAGACCUUUGUUCAGAAAAAUACUAAGACUUGUAACGUUACUUAAAUGUGUCUUGAAAACCCAAAAGAGUUAUUUAGUUGAGAAAUGGCCGACGUGCUUAACAAUAAGGAUGAAGUUGGGCAUAUUUUAGUACAGGUGCAGGAUGAUUUGAGACAACUAAAAAAGAAUCUUGUUCGAAUGACUGUCCAACAUGACGGGGAAGUUUUGGACAUUCAAGCUCUGGAUACGGCCAUUAGCAGGACAGAAAAUGGAAUAAGGAGGCAUGCAGAGGAUUAUCUGAAAACUAUCAACAAUCAGGUUUUGACUCUACCUUGUAUUGAAGAGCCUGAAAAGAAGAUUGCCCAUGCCAAACCUGUUAAAUGGCAACCAACAUACGAGACAAUACCUAAUGCACGUCCUCAGAAAAUCCAGAUUUCUGGUCCAUCACCUGGGGAAAAGCACAAGUCAGCAUUUAUCAUGCGUCUCCUCAAUAACCCUUGCCACCCAAAGAACAAGGAGCUCAUGCAACAAAAUUAUGGGAUUCAGUUUCCUCACCUGCACAAGAGAAACAGGGCCAGUGUUGGGACUCAAAGAGUGGUCACUGGUCCCGCUUUAGGGAAUUUCGCUGCAACACAUGGAGGUCUGCCUAAACAACUGCACCCUAAAUCACUACCCGAAAGUGAGCACACCAAUGCAGCGCUGCAACCCUCUGCAGAUGACCUCUCCUCAGUGCAAACUUCACCACUGCCCAAAGCUGUCCAUGUGCUCCAGAGAGAGGACAGUGGCCAAAGUAAGACGGAUGAGUCAGAAAAGGCUUGUAAACGGGAGAUGGAUGUGAGCAGAGACAGAAUGGCUCUUGGAAGAUCAUCAUCCGAGAGUCCAACAUCCAGGAACAUGCGAACUCCCCCUCCUUCAGCUGCUUCUGCAAGCUCUGACAACAGAGUACUGACUCAUGCUUUAGCCCGACUCACCCCACUUAACCUGCAGAGCAUUCCAGUGCAAGCUGCUGUCAGCAAAUAUCCUUUCACCGUAGUUGAGGGUCAGAUUGACCCGGAUGCUCCUGACUACUGUAGGUUUAAAAAGCAGUACUGUCUGUGCUGGGUUGCAAUUGUGGAGGCUCUGGACCAGCUGCAGCGGAUGCUACUGGACUUUGCGGUGCCAUUGGCGCGGGUGUGCGGGGAGCGGCUGGCAGCUUGCGCGCAGAGCGGUGAGCUCAACUGGAGAGGCAGCAGGGGCCGGUGCGCCCAUGUGGAGAAGCUGCUCUCGGUGCUGGAGAACAGGGAUGAGGUAUGGGAUCAGAUCCGUCAGCCCGGCCAGCGCUACAAAGGCAACGGGGGGCAUCAGGCAGCGGCUGUGUGCAUCCAGACCUGCUGGAGGCGUUACUCUGCCCGUACCGCCUACCUGCUCCAACUCAGGCCCAAAUGGGCGGCACAAAUUAUUGCCAUGUCUCUGCUGAAACGUGCCAAACUGGGCCAUUUAAAGGAGAGUCUGCAGGCCUCACGUCUCCGCCAACUGGAAAACUACCGCACCCGAGCAGAGAGUCUGGCAGCCAACUGGAAACACAUCACCUCCGCCAAAAGGACUAUUAUCCACGUCCCAUCAUUGGGAUAUUCCCAGCAUCAGCGACUCAGUCACAGGGGAUUUGAUGUACUUCAGAAUACCCAAAUGGGGCGACUAUGUGACAUCAGAGAUGAGAAUGUCGAGGUCAUCUACGUGUCUCCGGUGUGCCUGGGAGAGGAUGUUCUCCAGUACUACACUCACCUGCUGGGCCUGCAGACAGCCAUUGAGCUGGGUGAUGCUUCUGCGCCUGAGUCCAACUGUGCCAAACGCUUCACCAUCCUCAUGCCAGAAGCAACGGAAUAUUUUUCAACCAGAAGCAUGUGUCUAGCUUCGCUCCUGAAGUACAGCCCACGAACACUAAAGCGCAUCAAGAAUUUGAUCCAGGGGAAGCAGGCCUACAUGAUUGGCGGUGUCACCCACAUUGAUGACCUGGCUGUGGCAGAUGAGCUAGAAGUUCCUCUUCUGGGCACAGAGCCUGCGGUGGCCCAGUUAUACGGCACUAAAUCUGGAGGAAGAAGGAUCUUCAGUAGCGCAGGAGUCGAUGUGCCUCCUGGAAAGUGGGAUAUAUACACCCUGGAGCAGCUUUAUGAAGGUCUGGCCCAGUUGAUGACAGAACACAUGGAAGUCCAGCGAUGGCUCUUCAAGAUAGAUAGCGAAGUGGGUGGACGGGGAACGGCUUAUUGUGACGUCAGCUACCUAAAAUGCCGCCCAUGGGCACAGCAGGAGUUUAUCCGCCACGGGCCUAAACAGUGGAGAACGUCACUCCCUCAAGUAAGGGAGCCGGUCAUGAUCAAGUUCUUAGAGGAAGUUCCUCAUCUUCUGGCGUCAUAUGCCCGGCCGGCCAACACAUCCUGCUAUACUACAUGGACCUGUUUCUUAGAACACUUCCUCAGGGAAGGUGGAGUGAUAGAAGCCUUCCCUCCUUCGGAUAGUGUGACAUGUCUGACGGUGGAUCUUCUGGUGGAGCCGGGUGGAGAUGUGCACAUGCUGUCCUGUGGAGAUCAACUGCGUGGGCCCAGUGGGUUGGAAGUGGUGGGCUGCACUGUACCCCAGUCCUCCAUCUGCCCUGACGUCCUGCACACUAUCUGCAAUAGUAUAGGACAGGCCUGUCAGCAGCGCUUCAUCAUGGGACACCUCUCCAUAGAUCUAGUCACCUUUCUGGAUCCCAGCAACCUGGAACAGCAGGUAUGGGCUAUUGAUCUUGACCUGGGCUACAGUAACCAGCUGGCUAUGACCCAGCUGAUGCUCAUGAUGACGAGAGGGACGCUGGACUGCCACACCAGUAAACUAGAGGUUUCCCCUUUAGUCAGAGAUGUGAAGUCUUCCGUACGCCAUGCUGGAAUAAAGAUCAGAGCUCAAACCUCCGUGACCAGUCGCUUUGCAGUGAUGUGCACCCGACUUCUCCACACCAAUCUUUCUUUGGUAUAUUACAGCACAUUUUUUCUGAUGUGCAAAGCGCAGGGCAUAGGCUAUGAUGUCAAGGCAAGGCAAGGCACUGUGUUCGCCCCCCAUGACAGCAGAGAUAGAAGGAGUCUUGGCAUGCUAACAAUCUCGGAGAAUCUCCAGGGAGCACUGCUGACCUUUGCUCGCAACCUGUCAGUCAUUCAUCAGGAAAUAUCAGCUCCAAAUAUGCAAGGAGAAAACAAUUUUAAGGAACUUAUCAAGGACAUCGAGGAGAUCCUGGGCAUGACCAUACAAAACCAAACCACAUCUCAAGAAGAAAAGGAGAUUCCUGCAGUCGGAAGCGAACAGUUAUCACCUCAUAAACCACACAGAUCAACCCCAAAUAAAUCAACAUAGUUAUACCAUAUCAUCAAAAGCAUUUGCACAUUCAGUUAUAAAUUGCUGUCAAGAAACAUUUCUACAGAACUUAGUUAUAUAAUACAUACUGUAACAUUUCAUCCAUGGCCUUUUUAGGUUUCAUUUUUAUAGUGAUCUAAAAUGUUGUGCAAUUUUUUUGUUUUUGUUUGUAAAGAUUAACAAUGCGAAAAGGAUGUGCCAUUCAUGACAUUUUCCUAGCUCAUCAUAGGGUGAGACUACAACUGGGGAUAGUUGCUUAAUUCGUUCCGCCUUGAAUUAUGUUCCAGGAACACAAAACAUAACUUUGCAUUAAAUCUUCUUUAAAAUUAUAAUCACUAAAAAAUAAGCAGUUUUUGAUAGUUU